AUGUUUUUACAGCAAUUCUCCUUUGUGUUGAAGCAUAAGUCGGGAGCCCAAAAUAUUGUCGCGGAUGCGCUUAGUCGACGCAAUGCACUCCUCGUUCAACUACAAACAGAAAUCACCGAGUUGGAAUGCCUGAAAGACCUAUAUGAUGCGGAUUCGGACUUCGCUAAAAUUUGGGCGGACUGUGUGCAAGGAAAACCCAUCAAGGAUUUCUCAAUCCGGCAUGGAUUCUUAUUCAAAUUAAAUCAGCUAUGUAUCCCUGAUUCUUCCUGGCGUCCUCAGCUAAUCAAGGAAGUUCACUGUGGUGGACUUGUGGCUCAUGUGGGAAGGAGGAACACUUAUUUGCAGCUACAAGCACGAUUUUUUUGGCCGCAUUUGCAUAGAGAUGAGCAUCCAAAGUCAUGGGACGAUCUUUUGGGACAGGCAGAGUUUGCCUAUAACAGUAUGACUAACCGGUCCACCGGAAAGAGCCCAUUCAGCAUAGUGUAUACGAAGCUUCCGAAUCACACGGUUGACCUCGCCGUUUUACCUAAAUGCUCUAAUCGUUCUGCUUUUUUGAAGCUAGUGGGCCGUGAAGCUGCAGCUUUUGAUUAUUUUGUCCCUAUGGAGUCAGGAGACCGUGUGGUUGAUGAUUUUGUUCCACCUAUAGUUGAGAUUGUGCAUGUUGAUAGUGGUGAGGUUGGUAAUGAUUUGGAUAAUCCCGCUCAUUUUAAUGCUUCCUUUUCUAAUGGAUUUGUUCUUAUGGAUAAAACUGUUGUGCCUAUUAUUGAGGUGCAUAUAUUUGUCUAG